UUCAGAUCAUUACGCGAAACAAUUUUGAAACAUGGCCUCCGUAAAGUUUGCGGUUGUUGAUGUAAAUGAUUUUCUUUCUAAAAAGCAAACUGCUGAGCCUGAAUUGGCUGCAGACUGGGCUAAGUUAGAAGAGCUAUACAAUAAAAAAUUAUGGCACCAACUUACACUAAAACUGCUGGAAUUAGUGAAACAUCCUUCAUUACAGGCCGGCGACAAUCUAAUACAGCUAUACAAUAACUUUUUAACCAUAUUCGAAAACAAAAUCAAUCCUUUGUCGCUCGUUGAAAUAGUAGCUCACAUUGUCCAGCAAUACACAGAUAAAAAGGAAGCUAUUGCAUUCUUGCAGAAAGUGGAAACUAAGGUUAAGAUGAACGAUGAGGCCCUGGCUCUGUGUAAGGUAUUACAAGGGCAGAUAUAUUUGGAAAAUCUAAAUGACCUCGAUGCAACGGAGAAGAUAAUCGAGGAUCUAGAGAACACUUUGGAGGAUGCAGAUGGAGUUACCCCAGUUCAUGGAAGAUUUUACAAACUCGCUUCUGAGUACUAUAGAGUGCGCGGCCCUACGGCGCGCUACUACCGCGCGGCGCUCCGCUACGUGGGCUGCGCAGGCGGCGGCGCCGAGCUGCGGCCGGACGAGCGCCGCACUUGCGCUCUGCGACUCGCGCUCGCCGCCGUGCUGGCGCCCACCGUCUACGACCUUGGCGAGCUGCUAGCUCAUCCGAUCCUGGAGUCGCUCGAGGGCACACCCGACGCCUGGGCCUGCGAGCUAGUGCGGGCCGUCGCUUCCGGAGACGUCCUUGCCUUUGAAAAGAUACGUGCUCAAUCUCCACACCAAGAAUUACACCGAGCUGACCGUCAGUUGAGGCAAAAGAUUGCGAUUCUGUGCUUAAUGGAGAUGGCCUUUAACCGCACAUCUGCUCAGCGUCGCUUAACAUUCAGCGAGAUUGCAAGAGAGGCCCGUGUGCCGCCAGCUGAUGUGGAGCUACUCGUCAUGAAGGCGCUCGCUGAUAAACUAAUUCGUGGUCACAUUGAUCAGGUGCAGGAGACGGUGACGGUGACGUGGGUGCGCGCGCGCGCGCUGGGCCGAGCGGGCGCGGGUGCGCUCGCGCAGCGCCUCGACGCCUGGUGCGCGGCCGCCAGCGACGCCGCGCUGCUGCUCAACCGAGCCGCGCCCGACCUGCUCACGCUGUAACCACACAAAAGUAUGCAGAGAUCUAGAAGACCUGAAGUAAAUGGUGUUAUAUUAAAUGUAUGUCUGAAAAUAAAUAAAUAUAAUUUAAA